AUGGACAUGCGCAAUGGCCUAGGCAUUUUCCCUUCCCCCAAAGCCGUUCCCAAACAGGACGAAAUUCCCGAGUCUGCAUCAGUGACGUUGUGCACCGACUACGUUGUGAUGGCCGACGUGGAAGCUGACCAGGCUUGCUCGAGUGCGCUGUACCGCGUGCACGCGUACGUGUGCGUGCAUGCGUGCGCGCGUGCACUUCGAUUGAAAAUGGAUACGCAUCCGGCUGCGGUGCUGAAACGACACCAGUUCAAAGUCAACGAGAAUGCGCCCUGCCCUCCGGAACAUGCCAGAGGCCCCAAGCCCUACUGUAUGUCGACAUUGCAUAAUCUGCCCAAGUAUUGUGUCUUCCUUUCCCUCCAAGGGAGUUUUGUGGAGCCACGAUAA